AUGGGGUGGACACAAAGCUUUGCUCUCAAAUCCCUUUAUGAACGCACUCAGCUUGCAGCUUUAAUCAAGACGCAACGCAUCAAUCUUGAAAACAUCUUUAUCGAUGAUGAUCACGAUGGCGUGUUACGCGCUAGUAUCAUCAAGAAAAGCCAAAGGAAGAAAACAGGACGACGAGCGCCAAUGCCUGCCAAUGUUGGCUGGUCCAAGAUUCCCAUUUGGAUGCAACACAACAUGUAUAUUCGAACCGGCUACCGACCACCACUUGGUGAACAUAGCCGUUGUGUCGCAAGUUUAUUUUACAUGCACAAUGAAACAGUCAAUUUCUGGACGCAUUUUGUGGCACUGGUAAUAUUUGUGGGGAUUGCCAUCAAGGUGAUGUUGAAAAGUUACCAAGACUGGGGACAUGGAAUGUCCAUCAUGCCGUUCUUUUGUACGAUGGCCUUCUUAGGAUGCACCAUCAUGUGCCUUACUUGCAGUUGUGGUUAUCAUUGCCUCGCGUCUCAUUCCAAGGAGGUAUCCAUGCAUUGGAAUCGCUUGGAUUACCUCGGCAUUAUAGCAUUACUUGUAACAUCAUACUAUCCCACUACUCACUACCAUAUGUAUUGCCAUCCAGGCUGGCAGGCCUUUUACUUUACUAUCAUUACAUUAGCUGGUCUUUUGACACUAUCCGUUGCUGUUGACGAUCGUUUCCAAAGCGAGCAGUAUUUGUGGAUCCGAAGCCUUUCAUUUCUUGCUCUUGGGAUACUGGGACUGGUGCCAACGUUCCAUAGCACUUUCAUAUUCGAGGCCGAUGUAAUCAACGAUCUCUUGCCUAUUCGUACGUUGAUAUUGUCGGGAUUCGGCUAUGUUGGAGGGCUGAUGAUUUAUGCAUACAAGGUACCAGAGUGUUGGUUUCCAGGGUGCUUUGAUAUAUGGUUUGCAUCGCAUCAGAUCUUCCACGUGAUGGUUUUCAUUGGCAUGACAGCAUUUUACGUUGCGGUAGAACACUCAAGAAGCUUUUGGCUGGAUGAAUCCAAUAUGCAAAUAUGUCAAUCAUUGUGA